AUGACUGAUUCUCCCGUACCUAGCCCGAGAGUAGACACUUUCAGCACAAAGUCAGCCGUCGCUGGUCCGCCGGAUACAUCUUCUUUAGCAUCGACAAACUCGGAGAGGCCGAGCGAAUUCUUGGAUUUGGAGGACGACGAGGAUGGUGAAGACGAAGCAAGGAAAAACAGCGAAAAUACUCCAGCCCAAUCUCUCGAGUUGCCCAUGGAAUCGACCCCUGGUCAGACGACGCCUGCUCGACCCCGGAGAGAAGUCACUCGAGUUGGUGGUGAAGAUUUCCCUAUGCCACCUCACUCUGGUACUCCUGCCCGACAACAAUCCCUUCAGCCAGAAGGAUAUCCGGGAUCCAAUUUUGGACAGGACGCAUCACCUGCAAAACAAUUGCAAACCUCCACUGAUGCUUCGAAUUCCGCCAGCCAACCACAAGACUCGGUCAAUAGCGUCCGAGGGUAUAAUAGCGCUCCCAAGUCGUCUUCUGGACCCCUCUAUGACAUGAAGCAUCCUAGCCCACAACCUACGCCAUCACCCCAUGCUGUGUCGGCUUCCUUUAGAGCCUUGCCCUUGCUCUCUACAGACCUCCCAUACACCUCCAUCCAAGUCUCGCACUCUUUUGUACGACCGAAUGAUCGUGGAAAGGAAGUCUUAUCUUUCAUCGUGUCCGUCAACCCAGGAAACGGCAAGCCUGGAUGGAAAGUGGAGAAGAUGUAUUCCGACGUUCUCUCGCUCGACCAACGCGUGCGGAGCAGCGUAGGGAAAGGUGUGGGCAAGAAGAUCGCCAAUCUUCCGGAAGGCAAGUUGUGGAAGGACCACGCGCCAGCCAGGGUGGAUCAGAGAAAGGCUGUGCUCGAACAAUACCUCCAGUCCCUCAUUCACUUGCCCAUCAAGACCAAUGACGAGGUUAUCGCCUUCUUCACUUCCGACAUCGUUCGAGAAACCAAGCAGCCUGUGAUGCAAAUCGGUCAUAAAGAGGGGUACCUCACGAAACGGGGUAAGAACUUUGGAGGAUGGAAAACUCGUUUCUUCGUGCUCCAAGGUCCGGUGUUGGAGUAUUAUGAUUGCCGUGGUGGCCAACAUUUGGGUUCAAUAACAAUCACGGGCGCUCAGAUAGCACGACAGCAUCGGACGGAGAGGUCUACGUCUACUGAUGAGGAGAAUGAAUACCGACAUGCUUUCCUCAUCGUUGAAGCCAAGAAAGGACCAGGAGGAAGCCACCCCCGGCAUGUAUUGUGCGCCGAGAGUGAUGAAGAAAGGGAUGCCUGGGUCGAGCUUCUCGUACGGUACUAUACUGGUACCUACAAUGAAGAUCUAGUCUUCAAUCCUACCUCAGGGAUAAGCUCCGCCAAUAGCAACUCUGUAGCAGCUCAAGGAAACUACCCCGCCAACUCUCCCACUCAGACUCGAACAAGCUCUGACAUCCCGCUCGCGUCUGCAUCUCGCAAACAGCCGACUCGACCUCCUAUCUCUCUGGACGACCCACGAUCCUCCAGCCCAUCACGAUCUGUUGACCCUUCGCCAAUUGACCGUAGCGGUCCCGGUCCUACAUAUUAUGAUGCUCAAAUGCGGCGUGUAGCUUCUGAGCGUGGUGGUUUGCCUUCAAGCCUUCCCGAUCCAUCACCCUUGUCGUCUGUUCCCCCGAUUCAAUUGGACUCGUCGAAUCCAGUUGAACGCGCCGCUUCUGAGAUGGGACAUUACCCUGAUCUCCAGGAAAUCCGACAAGUUCCCGGCUCUGCUCAACCACGCCAACGGUCCCCUGAACGUCACCGGCCACGCGACGUCUACGAAGGUCGACACACAAACUUUUCUUCGACCAACCUUGCGUCGGCUGGUCCGCUACCUGAUCGUGCGCCGUCCCCUGAGAAACCCGAUCUCAGCAAGGUCAAAAUUUCUGGACCGAUGAAUGGUACACCCAUCCCGUCUGGCUUCAAGUUUGGAAAGGACAAUUCGUCGGAACAAUCCACUUCGAGUGCAGAGAGGCGCGAAAAGGCCAAGUCUCGGUCGUUCUGGGGUUUCGGCAAGACAAGCGGUGGUGAUAAGCAGCCUAGUUUCACUCCUCGAGCUGUGUUUGCGAUUCCUCUGGAGGAUUCGUUGGAUGUAGCUCAGAUCUGCGGUCUACCUGCCAUCGUCUUUAGGUGUAUCCAGUACUUGGAAGCUAAGAAGGCUGAUCAAGAGGAGGGAAUUUACCGCCUGAGUGGUAGUUCUGCUGUGAUAAAGAGCUUAAAGGACAGGUUCAAUACGGAGGGUGAUGUCGACUUACUCGCCUCUGAUGAAUACUGGGAUCCCCAUGCCAUUGCAGGCCUCCUCAAGUCUUUCCUUAGGGAACUUCCCGCAAGCAUAUUGACCCGCGAAAUGCAUCUUAGAUUCCUCGCAGUGAUAGAUCUCCUUGACCCGCAAGAACGAAUCAGGGAGCUCUCACAGCUCAUUGCCGCCCUGCCGAUCGCAAAUUACACCCUCCUGCGUGCAUUAACUGCCCAUCUCAUCUUGAUUGUCCAAAAUUCGCCAGUGAACAAGAUGACGAUGCGCAACGUCGGGAUCGUGUUUAGUCCGACGUUGGGUAUCCCGGCUGGUGUUUUCAGUCUGAUGCUUGCCGAGUUCAAUCGUGUCUUCAACGUGGACAAUGACCAGGACGAUGACGCUGUGAUUCAGACAGACCCUUCUGCGAAACUCUCGGAACCCAUGCGACGUAACAGCAAACGGUAUUCGGAUAGUGCUGCAGAUAAACUCCUCGGCCUCUCCGGGCGGUCGCUUAAAGCCCCCGCGGAGGAACCGCAAUCCGAUGGUGACGACUUUUCCGUGAACGAUGAGAGUGGAACCGAGACUACCGAGGAUGCGACUGUUGAAUCUUCUUCGUCGAGCCCGAUGCAAGAUAUGGAUCAGGCUCCCACAGAAAUCCGCAUCUCGCCUCCUGAUACGCCAAUGGCUUCUAAAAUGACAUCCAAGGCUUCCCAUGUUGCAGCUAGCAGAGGCCUAAAUGUCACUGUUGCACACUCUGAACGCGGGAACCGACAUUCGAAGCUCAUUGGGCUACCGACAUCCCCUCGGCCUCCUCCUUCGCCUUCGCGAACCCAAGACUCAUGA